GCCAUCCGACUUUAAUUCUCUCUCUCUCUCUCAAGUACUCCUUACCGAACUCUCUUAUGUCGUCGUUGUGUGGUGAAUCCUCAGUUGGAGCUUCCUUUUCGCGGAGCAAGCCGAUACAAAGGAAAGCUGUUGUUGUUGGGGAUGGUGCUUGUGGCAAGACGUCACUACUGAACGUGUUUACACGGGGGUUCUUUACACAGGUCUACGAACCUACUGUCUUUGAGAACUAUGUGCAGGACCUAUAUGUCGAUGAACAGCUCAUCGAAAUGAGCUUAUGGGACACAGCGGGUCAAGAAGAAUUCGACCGACUGCGGUCUUUAAGUUACGCAGAGACGCAUGUUAUCCUUAUAUGUUUCUCGGUGGACAAUCCGACGUCAUUAGAAAACGUUGAGGCAAAGUGGAUAGAAGAAAUCUUGGAAUACUGUCCGGGUGUAAAGCUUGUCCUUGUUGCUUUGAAAUGCGAUUUGAGAGACGAUCGAAACGUGACGGAGCGCUUAGCAAGAUAUGGGGCUCAUCCAGUGCAGUACGAGGAGGGUCUUCAGGUCGCACGACGGAUAAGAGCUUCCCGAUACCUUGAAUGCAGUGCGAAGCAUAAUCGCGGUGUUACUGAGGUGUUCUAUGAAGCAGCACGUGUCUCCAUAAGUGCUCGCUCGAAAACUCAUGGAGGGGGAUGCGUUAUCUGCUAAUAUUCAGGUGGUCUUUCUUAGCUAUCAAUCUGCUUUGUCUUCUUUCCCUAUUCUUAGAUUUUUGUGGCGGGUACGCUUAAAUCAUGGGCAGCGCACCUCCUUUCUGUGGCUUCAUUUACUUUUCUCACUUUACCUGUGGCUCAACAGGACAUUAUGCCUUUCAAGUUAGUCCUUGAUUUUUACAGGUCAAUAGGUUUUCUAUCAUGGUCGCUAUUAUUUGGUCACAUCUUACUUACUGUACUCAGUAGUGAACGUUCUAUUUUCUUUACAGCAUGUAUUCUGGGUUUCUGCUUCUGUAUACCUGUUAAUCAACUUCUACGAUACCGAUAUGUAGUGAUGAUAAUGCAAUACCG